UACAAUUUGUAACGGCACCAUGGCGCUGAAGUUGCCGGAAGACGCGAAUCUUCGGCUGCGUGCGGCACUCAAGCAGCGCUUUCACCGACUGCGCCACCAAGGAGACCUCAUUCGCCACACGUACAUCCGUCGCUGAGCAGAUGCUGUCUCCGAUCGAGGUGUUCCUGAUCGACCGAGAUAGGUCCGAUUCCUCGGCGUGGACGCCGUCGGCAGUCCCGACCUUUAAAGAGUACUACGGAAGCGUCGAGACACUGCUUCGACACGGCACUUCUCGCCAGCACUUUCAAUAUCUAUUCAACGUGUACGCUGUGUCGACCCCCCACGGCAUCUCGCGAUCCGAGCUCUUGGCGCUCAUCCAAGAUCACGUGAACAUGGCGAGAGAAGACGCGCGGUUGUUUGAGCGAACCUACACAUGGCUCAAGAAGCACGUUCCGUCGGCGACCGCAGGCCACUCCUACGACGCAAUUGCCGAGCUCCUCGAGGCACACCCCAACCAAUUGCUCGAUCAUGUGCAUGUCAACCUCGAUCGCUGUCUUGCCCAGCUCGAGGCCAACAACACAGUCUACUGCCGCCUUCCAGACGACUUGGCGAUACUGAUCGAACAAGACCUAUAAACCAUGCGCUUCGUGGAAUAUUUCGCGAGGCUCCUCAUGUCAAACCUCGUUGAAGCACCUGCAGUUUUAGUCUCGUAGCGCACCGCCAUGCUAAACUUGCAUCCGUCUCCCGACGCAAUUGCCG